AUGGGACCUCGUACUCUGGCGGAUCUGACAAGGAAAGAUCUGUUUCAGCAGCAAGGCUUCAUCAACGAUGAGUGGGUCGAUGCCACCGACGGCAAAAAGUUCGAUGUUGUCAACCCAGGCACAUUGGAGAAGAUUGCACAGUUGCCAGAGAUGGGGGCCUCUGAAGUCGAGAAAGCUGCUGCGGCCGCCGAGACAGCUUUCGAAUUAUACCGCAAGACCAGUGCUCGUCAAAGAGCUCGAUGGCUCCGCAAAUGGAAUGAUCUAGUGCUUGAGCAUACUGAAGACCUUGCACUGAUCAUGACGCUCGAGAAUGGAAAGCCUCUAGGCGAGUCAAGAGGCGAGGUCGUGUACGGCGCCAGUUUUCUUGAAUGGUUCUCGGGCGAGGCAGAGCGUACACAUGGCGAGCUCGUUCCAACUGCCAACCUCAACCAGCGGAUCAUAACCAUGAAGCAACCACUGGGAGUGGCGGCUUGUCUAACACCAUGGAACUUUCCAGUUGCAAUGAUCACGAGGAAAGCUGGCGCUGCUUUGGCAGCUGGUUGUACGACAGUCUGGAAACCAGCCGGAGAGACACCAUUGAGCGCUUUAGCACUCGCUGUGCUGGCCAAGGAAGCUGGGUUUCCAAAAGGCUCGAUCAACGUGGUGCUUACGCUGGACAAGGUCUCCGAAGUGGGCGAGGCACUCUGCAAAUCGGAGAAGAUCCAGAAGCUGAGUUUCACAGGCUCGACUCGUGUUGGCAAGAUUCUGGCAUCUCUUUGUGGCCAGUAUGGACUGAAGAAGCUUUCCUUGGAGCUUGGCGGUAACAGCCCCUUUGUUGUUUUUGACGAUGCCAAGAUUGAGACAGCCGUUGAAGCUUGCAUCAUGGCCAAGUUCCGAAAUUCUGGACAGACGUGCGUGACUGCAAAUCGCAUCUUUGUGCAGGAUGGCAUCUACGACCGCUUUUCGCAAGCACUGGCUGAGAGGAUCAAGACUCUGAAAGUCGGGCUAGGGACUGACGAUGGGGUGUUCAUCGGACCCAUGACUCACGAGCGAGCGGUUGAAAAGGCACUUGCUCAUAUUGAGGAUGCAAAGAAGCAUGGAGCAUCUGUGGUAAUGGGAGGCUCAUCGUUCCAGCCUGAUGAUCAUAAAGGGUACUUUUUGCAGCCGACAAUCCUGACGAACAUGUCAUCCGAGGCUUUGAUCACGCGGGAGGAAGUGUUCGCCCCUGUAGUUGCCUUGUAUCGCUUCAAGACCGAGGAUGAAGGCGUGAGGCUGGCGAACGAUACCAAGGUCGGACUCGGCAGCUUCAUCAUGACUGAGAAUAUGCCACGCAUGUGGCGCGUGGCAGAGAACAUCCAAGCAGGGAUGGUUGCAGUGAAUAUUGGCCUGCUUUCGGCCGCUGAAAAUCCGUUUGGAGGCGUCAAAGAGAGUGGGUAUGGUCGAGAAGGCGGCCGGCAAGGUAUCGAGGAGUAUUUGACGGUCAAGAGUAUCUUCCUGAACGUUGCGAAUUAG